GAAAGGAUUUUGGCAAAGAUUGAAUCUGUUUAAAUCGAAAGUAGCCGACGACCACAGCCACGGCGGUACCGUUAAACUAAUUGUCAAACCGCUUAGGAUAUUCCAAUUCGUAAGUAUCAAGUACUCGCAAUCGAUGUUCCAACGAUAUUUCGAACAGCAUCACCGGUCGAAUUAUUCACCGUAAUCUAUUUUGCAAUUAAUCAGCUAGUGGUGUUACUGAUUUUCGUGUUCGUAAUUUACGCGGUGGCACUUGGAAGCAAGGAAGUGUCGGCCGUGACCUGUAUAUUACUUGUUGUCCUCUCCGGCGUCUACGUUUUCACUCUGGCGCUGCAAUUGAUCAGCUAUUUUGCCGGCGGAGAAUUAUAUACGAUCCCGGUAAUAAAUCGAACGUAAUCAUUCAUUGCAAAGUGAACUGCGACAUUCUCGAACGCUUAUUCCCCUGACAGAUAUUCGUUCUUACCUUCAUGGGCGCGAUACUAUUCGGAAUCGCCGUACUCUUUUUGGUACUGAAUGCCACCAUCCAGUUGUGGUAUAUACUGGUAACGCUGUGUCUUUGUCUGCUGGCAUUCGUAUUAUUUUUAGUCGAAGUUAUAAUCAUACUCUUGUUCUGGAAGCAAACAUGCUUCUGCAAGCGCUGCGCUGUCCCGACCCAGGGUGAUGUCCAUUUCGCCGACUAUUGCGAUCCUCUCUGCACAGCGGGCAAAUUAGACCUGAUGACCAGCGUCAGCGACGUCAGGAUACCGCCAGGCGGCGAGGAAGGGAUACCUGAGCAUUGUUACCGAAAGUUAGGACAACCUCGUCGACGACAGUACGUCGACCGUCCAUCCAGCGCGCGAUUCGCGUCCGACGUUGAGUUUGCAAAAUGUCAAACGGAUUCCCCUGCGAUGACACACAUCCAGAGCCAAGCGAGUAGCACCAAUUAACUUAUAGUCUACCGGAAAAACCGAAACAUCCGCGAUACCCUUUGUGUCCUGAAUUAUUUUACGUGCAUUCCUUGUCGCUGCGUUCGCGUUACUUAGACAGUCGUGCACAAAAGUAUUGCCACGGCCAUUGAACUAACUGUUUGAAAAUGGUACUCUCUGUUUCUUGAAAUUGACGAAGACCAUUUUUCUCUUGCAUAGAGAUCCGCAGUUUAAUCGUCAUUUUUCAGUACUAGACUGGUCAGAUUUGAUGAACUUUAGCAAAACUUUAGACUCAGCGUCAGGUGUGGGAAAAACCGACCCAAACGGUGAGCAAAUGCGAAUUAUGCCAUCGACAAAUGGGAAUGUUUAUGACCACUAUGGAAACGCAGCCGAUGAUGCAACAGCAAGCACCAUGCGCUCCUUGCUCACCCUGUGCACCUUGUCCUGCACUUGUGCAGCUCAUUCGAGGAAUGCCGUGUUGUCCAGGGUUUGUGCCUUUUCGUGAAAAACGAAUCAUCAUUCACGAUCAUUCAUUUUGUCUUUGUUUCGAAUCAGAAAUGCUUUGUUGUUUAGCAUUAGAACUGUCAAAUCUAAUU